AUGGCUCUUCAAGUCGAAGAGGACUGCGAAUUGGAUCGGAUUUUACGAGAAAAAUUCACGACCGAGUUUCGCAAGGGCUACGUCACCGUGAACGGUGUGUGUUUGCCGCAGAGAUACGAGGAAUUCGCGAGAGCGAUCGAGGAGUUUGAAGUUCGAGACGACGAUAUAUGGGUUUGCAGCUUUCCUAAAACUGGUACAACGUGGACUCAAGAGAUGAUUUGGUGCAUCGCGAACGAUCUGGAUUUGGAUGGAGCGAAAACACUCUUACCGGAACGAUUCCCUUUUCUCGAACACUCCAUACUGUUCGAUUACACGACAAUCAUACCGCGACACCCGGAGGUCAAGCUUCACGAGCUGGUCUCGGACAGCGUGAAUUACGCGAGAACUCGACGGAGUCCGCGAUUCAUCAAGACUCAUCUACCUUUUCGCUUGCUACCGCGGCAGCUUCGUACAGGCGAGAGGAAACCGAGAAUCGUCUAUGUCGCUAGGAAUCCAAAAGACACCUGCAUCUCUUAUUACCAUCACUGUAGAUUGAUGGAGGGUUAUCGGGACGACUUCAACAGCUUCUGUCGUCUUUUCUUGGGCGCGAAAGUCUGUUUCGCUCCAUUCUGGGACCACAUCCUCGAGUUUUGGGACAGGAGGACCGAUCCCAACGUCUUGUUCUUGAAGUACGAGGACAUGAAAGCUGACUUGUCCGCGGUGAUCGUGAAAUCAGCGGGAUUCUUAAAGAAAACCAUGUCGGAUGAUCGAGUGACCGCGCUGUUGAAGCAUCUCAGUUUCGCCAGCAUGAAGUCCAAUCCGUCGGUGAAUUACGAGGAGGCCGUUGAAAUGAACAAAAGGCUGAAAUUGAUCGACGGUAACGGUGAUUUCAUUCGUAGCGGCAGGGUGAACCAAUGGCAGAGUGAAAUGGCUAAAAGCAUAAUCGAACGAUUCGACGAACAGACGAGGGAGAAAUUAACGACGCGAAAUCUUCUCCUCUAA